AAUUCGACCCUCCCACCUCCACCUUGACACAUGUGAGGAAAGACCUCUGUCCUCUCUCUGCUCAGACCCUCAAACCAGACGUUAACAUGGGCAACAUGGCAACAGAGAUUGUUGCCUUUUUGCUGACCGUCAGUGGGUGGAUUCUUGUAUCAUCAACUCUGCCCACAGACUACUGGAAGGUGUCUUCUGUAGAUGGGACAGUCAUCACCACGGCCACGUUCUGGUCCAAUCUAUGGAAGACUUGCGUCACUGACUCUACAGGAGUUUCAAACUGUAAGGACUUUCCCUCAAUGCUGGCUCUAGACGCUUAUAUCCAGGUGUGUCGGGGUCUGAUGAUCGCUGCGGUGUGUUUGGGCUUCUUUGGCUCCAUCCUUGCCUUGGUGGGAAUGAAGUGCACAAAGAUUGGCGGCUCAGAGGCCACCAAGGCUCGCCUGACGGUUCUCUCAGGACUCCUCUUCAUCCUCAGUGGUCUGUGUUGCAUGACUGCCUGCUCCAUAUAUGCUCACAGGAUCACCACUGACUUCUUUGAUCCUCUCUUUGUUGCUCAAAAGUUUGAGCUGGGCGCUGCUCUCUUCAUCGGCUGGGCUGGAUCUGUGCUGUGUGUCCUGGGAGGCCUAGUCUUCUGUCUCUCUCUGUCUGAGGGAUUCAUUGACAGGUGUGCUGCUUUGUUAUAAAUUUGCUGUUAAUGAUUGAAUCCUUAGUCUGACAGGAACUCGAGGGGCAUGGAGAAACUCCCAUGUGCUGUAGAUCUACCUGCAAUACAGAGGAGGGAAAUGUCCAAAGAUUUUCAUUUCAUGAUUUGGGAUCUGAAUGAAGUGACAAAACAUGGAGGCAUUUUAAAAAAAUGCCUGGAAAACAUGAUUACGCUACAAUGCUGAAGAUUAUGGAUUAUUUGGUGAUUGAAAAGGUAAUAAAGGUUUGACAUUAGAGCACUCAAACACAGCACCUCUAAGUGUUGUUUUAACGUUACACCACCACUGGCCAAAGCAACAGGUUAGACUUUAUCCCUACAAAGCAUUUACAUGCAAGUGAGUUUUUGUUGUGUUUCUUUCAGGACUGAAUUAUCCUACAGUGGAGCUGCAUCAUUUGUGGAAACACAAAACAAACACAACAAGAUGACCAACAGUCUUCACAAGGAAAAAGAGGAGCCAUUAAGGCAGUUUGGUAGAAAUGCUUAUGUUUGAAUAAGGGUUUUAAUCACUUACUGUUACAGCUGUAGAGUAUGACUUACGUAAGGUUUAACUGUGUAUGUAAUUGCUCUAUCAACAUUUGGUUAAGGUAAAUAUAUUUGUUCUGGUGGGGUUCAUGAGGAAGCACAA